AACCCUGCGCCCGCAGGGUGCGCCUCGCCCGCGCUCGGGUUCCUCCCAGGAGGGGCUUCGGCGGGAGAGGCGGGCCCUGAGCUGCGGAGGGCGGUUCGCUCCGCUCUCGAGCUUUCUCGCUCCUCUCUCUUUUUUUUUCGGUCGGAGGAAAGAAAACAGCCCUGCGCCGGGGCGCGCGGUGGAGCGGAGCCGGGGGAGCGGGGCACACCCUCCCGCGCCCGCCCGCGCCGGCGGGAGGAUGCUCCUGAGGGGCCUCCGGCCGUGGCUCCCGCGGCGCCUGCCGACCCCCGGAGCCCGGGCCCGAGCGCGCCCGAGGCCGCUGCCGCCCCAGGUUUUGUGUGUGCAGCUAUGUGGAGAUCUGAAAUACUGCCAGUCACACCUUUACGGUACAGUGGUGCCACCUGACGAAGUAACAGUUAAUUAUAGACACGGCCUUCCCUUGAUAACUCUUACUCUGCCAUCCAGAAAAGAACGCUGUCAGUUUGUAGUCAAACCAAUGUUGUCAACAGUUAGUUCGUUCCUUCAGGACCUACAAAACGAAGAUAAGGGCAUCAAAACUGCAGCAAUCUUCACAGCAGAUGGUUAUGAGAUUCCAGCUUCAACCUUGAUGGAUAUUUUGCUAAUGAAUGAUUUUAAACUUCUCAUUAAUGAAAUAGCAUAUGAUGUGCAGUGCCCCAAGAAAGAAAACCCGAGUAACGAGCUUGCUACUGAGAUGGAAAACAUGAAAUCCUUGGUUCAUAGACUGUUUACAGUCUUGCAUUUAGAAGAGUUUCAGAAAAAGAGAGAGCAGGAUUUACUGGAUAAAAUUGAUCACCUGAAAGAACAGCUGCAUCCCCUUGAACAGGUGAAAGCUAGAAUCGAAGCUCACUCAGAAGCUCAAACUAGCGGACUGCAGUGGGCUGGAUUAGCACUGCUGUCUGUUCAGGGUGGGGCGCUGGCCUGGUUCACUUGGUGGGUGUACUCCUGGGACAUUAUGGAACCGAUUACAUACUUCAUUACAUUUGCAAAUUCCAUGGCCUUCUUUGCAUACUUUUUAGUCACUCGACAGGAUUAUACUUACUCAGCUGUUAAGAGAAGGCAGUUUCUUCAGUUCUUCCAUAAGAAAUCAAAGCGACAGCAUUUUGAUGUGGAGCAAUACAACAGGUUAAAAGAAGACCUUGCUAAGGCUAAAGAAUCCCUGAAACGGGUGCGUCAUUCUCUAUUGGCGAAUGCAAGUAGAAGAACUCAAUGAAAAGAAUUAAUCUUACAUUUUUAAACACCAUUGGAUCUUCUCAUUAUGUAUUGCUUUUGCACCUUAAAAAGUAGAUGUUUUUGAGUCCCAUAGUUCAUUUCAAUUUGACUGUUGAAUCUUUUUCAGUUAAUAAAUUCUCAUAAAACAGAA